AUGUCUACCAACACCCAAAGCUCAAUUUUGCUGCGAUUGAUGGAGAUGGGCGAGUUCAGCGACCUCAGGUUCGUCUCCAACGACGAGGAGUUCAAGGUCCACAAGGCGGUUGUUUGCAUCCAGUCUCCGGUGAUCAAAGCGGCACUUCAAGGAGCGUUUGAGGAGUCACACACCAAUGUCGUCAACAUGGAUAAAUUCAACCCUCCCACCGUAAGGCGGAUGGUCCAAUUCAUGUACACCGGCGACUACGAUGUGGGCGAGGAUCUACUUCUGCCUCCUGAAGAGAAUAUGUCUGAAAGCAUGAACGAUGCGGUCGAGGGAGGUAUACUGCCGGAAGGUGAACCUCAGCCUCAACCUGGUGGGAGUGAAGAUAAUAGCAGAUGCUCUCCAACGCCAUCGUCCAGGAAAUGCAGCACAGUAUCUUCCCUCUUAGCGCAUAUCCGUGUUAACUCCAUUGGCGACUAUUACGGCAUCGAUGCCCUUGUUUCGCUCGCGAACAGGAAGAUCGGCAAUCUUCUUCAGAGCAGUACCGAGGAUGAGCCUUGGCUUGAAAGCCUGCCCGCCAUCAUCGAAGCAGCCGUUCAGUCGACGGGAGAUCAUCAAGUACAGCGGCUCUUGGCUGGGGCGACUGCGGGGAAUCUUUCCACCCUGCUGGCGUUAGAUCGAUUCAAGAACCUCAGCGUCCUGACGGACUUCUCGAUAAGUAUCUUGCAGAGCUGUGCGCAGGAGAUGGUGUCCCUCACCAGAGACCUCGGCGAGGUCAAGAUGCUCUUCCUCAAGUCGGACGAGAUCCUACGAGACAAUAAAGCAGAAAUUGUAAAAUUGAAAAAGUCCCUGUCGGCCUUGAACAGGACGAGCCAGUGCAGGAGCUGCGCUGCCGAGUUUACGUGUUCCAUUGAUCCGUUUGAACAGAUUCUUCGCUGCAGCAGGUGCCGGCGCAAGCACUACGCAUAG